CUCUGUGAAGCUCUAUUACUGUGCCUGUAUUAAAAAGGAUAGGUAGGGCAAGCAGGCAGAGAGAAUAUAUAGAAGGAGAAUCCUGGGAGGGCCGAUCUAGGAGCCAGAGAAGGAGGAGGACAUCAGGGACCAGCCACCCAGCUACACAGCAAACCCCGGAGUAAGCGUAAGAUUUAUAGAAAAAGGAAGCUGGCAAGAAACAAGCCAAACUAAGGCCAGGCAUUCAUAAUUAUGAAUAACCUUCCAUGUGUGAUUUAUUGGGGAGUAGGUGGCGGGCCCCCAAAAGAGUAAAACAACAAAACAAACAAACAAACAACCCAGCAUUCACAGGGCAGUACAUUUCCAUGAUGGUCCUAUGGUAUGGGCAUAAUGAGUAGAAGGAUCCAUGUUUCCCCCUUCCGUGCCUUCCAUUGGCCAGUGGGGCAUUGUGAGCACAUGCAGGCCCUCAUUGGUUGGUGGGUGGAACAAUGCCAGCUGGUUCCCAGGUUCUCUGGAGAGGUUGUGGACCAAAAUCCUGCCCAGCUGCUGAGGUGGUAGGAUGAGCCUGGGAGUCCUGAGGGCUCCCCAGUAGCCAUCUGGUACCAUCUCCCAGGAAUGAGGCAGAAAAUCAGGAGAUAACACCAUGGGGGUCACAAGUUCCAGGCCUUCAUGCUGCUAUUACAGGGAAAGCCCCGACUGUGGUAUCAUCAGCAGGCUGUACCAAAGCAUAGCUUACUUCUUGCAGUGGAAGAUUGAUUCUGUUGAAAGAAACUGGGAACAUCUGGAAGGUACUCCUCGGGCACCCUUGGUGCCCAAACUUCACUGCAGGAGGCACCUCAGAAAGGCUCUCCUCAGUUGUGAGCACGGGGAGGGGGAAGAGGGGGGCAAAAGAUCAGUAGAGGUCUGCAGCUGUCCUCAGUGGCUGUUGACUGAAAGGAUGUCCCCAGAUACCCGUGAGUUAGGUGAACAUUGAACCAUGUACCAGACCCUCUUGGUGCACCUGUGCCAGAAGCAUUUUGGCCAGUUCACACCAGCUGGGACAGAAAAGGUCCCCGAGAGCCUUUCUUCUACUUCUGGGAGCAGGAAAGCACCCACAUUUGAUCGUGGAUUCGCAUUCAGCCUUGGUUCCCAUCCUGGCUUGUAUUUGAGGCAAGAAGGGAGUCAGUCCCAGUUCUUUGCCAAGUGGGGGAGAGCAGGGGCAUGAUUUAAUGAUGAUCACUUUGUUUCUGCAACUCGAAUCUCACUUUUAGUGUACACUCAAGCAGAAUGGGUGAAGACCUGUGCGUGGGUGGGAAUCGAGGACAAUGUAAGAAGCUUUGCUGAGGUGAAUGGCAUCCAAGCUCUGAAGUCAUUGGAACUUGUGUCUGCUGUUUCUACGUGCAAAGCAUGUGCUCAAUAUUCAUGAGCAAUCCUUCAAGGGAAACCCCAGUCUUGCCAUGCCCAUCCUUCAGCCUUUUGGGUGUGAGGGCAGGAGGGUCAGAAGUUUGAUGCCAACCUUAGCUGCAUAUUGAAUGAGCCCUGGGCCUGUCUAGGGCCAUGGUGUGAGCCUUGGCCUCAAGAAACCCAAUCCAUUCCAUGCAUUGUCUGGAUGGAGGGCUGGGCUGGAGCCUAAGGUCUUCUGUAUGAUAGGAAGUCACUGUGCAACUGAACUUCAACUGGGUCCUUGCCUCACAUUGCAAUUCUGACUCAAGGUCGCACUGUGUUGCCCAGGAUGGGCUGUGGCUUGAUUUAUAGCUUAGGAAGGCCUUGAACCUUUGAUUCUGCUCUGUCAUUCUCCCAAGUAGCUGGCUUUACAGACUUGUGCCCACAGGCCUAUCUCUGAUGAGUCCUUAAACUCUCCACGGGCUGUUUCUCACUGUGGUGACUUAUUAGACAACACUUUACAGUAAUUGUGGUCCUGGAAAGAAUGUCCACUCAUGGACCUUGAACUCUAAGGUGUACAGGACACUCACAGUUGUAUGAGGUUGACCUGUUUGUACCUGUUACUGUGCACAACAGAAAUCAGGAGACAUAAUUGCACAACAUGGUCAAAGAGGACAAGAAAAGUACUGGGGACAGACCAUCAAUGAAGAACACUGCGGUUAUAACCAAGGCUAUCUAGUUUCCAACUCACGCCUUAACCAGGGUCCUCCUGUGUAGAGCAUGGCAAAGCCAGGAUUUGAACCUGGACUUUCUGCCUGCAGAGGUCCUCCUCAUGCUUCCAGCCCCUUGCACAUGGGCUCCUCAAACUAGAAGCGUUCUGUUUGAAGAAGGACGUGUUUGUGUACCAUGUCAUCUUGGGGGAGGAUUCUUUGGAGUGGGAUUUUGAAUCUGAGAUUAAUUCAUGGUACCUGCCCUGUCCACAUCCACAGGGGAACCCAACACCAAGAUUGUGAAGGGUACUGUGACAAGCUGUGGGGACCACUAUGGCUGCAUAGAGGACCGUGUCUUUUUCAGCAUCGAUGCUAUGAUCGGCCCUUUGUGUCUGCGAGUUGGAGAUAAAGUCCUUGCAUUUGUGGAGGAAGAUCCACUAUCAUAUGACUUGAGAGCGACCGAAGUAUGUGUUUUAGUCGAAGAUGACAGGCCUAGAGAACCCUACUCCAAGAUCCAUGAAGUAUCCAUGUGUGUUUCCCAAGUGAGGGAAGAUAAUAUCUGCCUAGCGGAUGAAUACUACUUCUAUCUGGACAGCAUUUCUAAAGCUAUCUUAGGUUUUAUGCCUUAUGAAGGGGAUUGGUUAGAUAUUGAGUAUUCUUUGGAGCAAGAAUCAUCAAAGAUCACAAUACACUCAUUGAAGGCCACGAAGUGUAGGCGCCUGCAAGAGGUCUGCGUGACUAGUAUCCACAAACGACAAGGAGUGCUGAAUCACACCAUCUUUUUCACCUUCCACUCACUGAAGUGCCCCGUGGGCUACACCCCUCUUGUAGGCCAUGUUGUCAACGUGGUGGUAGUGCAGAGCAUCCGGCCCAACUACAACUGGAGAGCAGUCUCCAUGACGCCAGUGGACAAGCUGUACAGGCUAGGGUCCUGA